GUGCGACGUUUUUUAAACGUCAUCCGAAUUUGAUUUUUGUGUUUGCUAAAUUCCGACUAAUCAGUUGUAUAGCUCGUCACAAAACUACUUAGGAGCUUAGCUAGAUAGGUAGAUUAGUUAAUGUCAAGCGAAUUCUAUGUAAUUAGGGAGUAAACUGAGAUAUUUAUUCGUAAAGCAGUGUUUCGAAACAUGGCUGAUGAUAAAGUUGAUCCACCCCCUCUGUUUAAAAAUAUUGAAAUCAACUGUGUAGACAGUGUAGAUGAGGAUCUGUUUGCUUCUGCAAUACAAGAUUCAAUGUCGGACGAUCACAAAAUUAUAAAUGGUAACGGGACUGAUUUUCCGCCGGAUUUUUCCAAAAUGAAGAUAACAACCAAAAUGGAAACAGUUACAAUUGAUAAUUCGUGUGAAAAUCCCGUGGAACGAGCUGAAGCUGAAGGAGGCGAUGAUUUUCUAGAGAUCAACAUUCCAGAUACUCAAAAGAUUGGCGAAGGUAUGGGUGCAUACGUCGCAUACAGAAUAGUCACGAAAACUAACAUGCCCAUAUUUAAAAAGAGGGAGUUUACGGUAACUCGUAGGUUUAGUGACUUUCUAGGGCUUCACGAUAAACUCAUUGAGAAAUACCUGAAGCUGGGUCGAAUUAUACCUCCUGCACCCGAGAAAAGCGUUAUCGGCAUGACUAAAAUCAAAAUGGGUAGCAGCACCGAAGGAAAUUCCGCAAACGGUAACGAUUUUAUAGAAAGAAGGCGUUCUUCUUUGGAGAGAUAUUUGAAGAGGACCGCCCUUCAUCCGGUGCUCGUAUUGGAUCCUGAUUUUAGGGAAUUUUUGGAAUACGAUAUAGAACUGCCUAAAGCGACAAACACAUCGGCACUGAGCAGUGCCGGAGUCAUGAGGUUGUUUAAUAAAGUAGGCGAAACCGUAAACAAAAUCACCUAUAAAAUGGACGAGACAGAUCCUUGGUUCGAAGAGAAGUUAGCACACAUCGAGGCGUUGGAAACCCAACUUCGAAAACUGCACCUCAACGUCGAAGGGAUGGUUACCUACAGGAGAGAACUCGCCAUCUUAACCAACGGGGUUUCUAGAUCGGCGGCCAUGUUAAGCGCUUGCGAAGAUCACAAUUCGUUAUCUAGGGCACUAUCACAACUGGCCGACACCGAAGAAAAGGUCGAAUCUCUUCACUUGGACCAAGCCAAUACCGAUUUCUAUAUUUUCUGCGAAAUGCUAAAGGACUAUCUAGGUCUCUUGGGGGCCGUGAGAGACGCAUUCCACGAGAGAACAAAAUUAUUUCAGCACUGGCAGCACUCACAACAGAUGCUCGCAAAAAAACGGGAAGCCAAAGCCAAGUUGGAACUGUCCAACAGAACAGAUAAACUCGAUCAAGCUAAUGCGGAAGUUAUCGAAUGGGAAGCGAAAGUUGAAAGAGGGCAAAGGAACUUUGAUCAAAUAUCUCACAUGAUCAAGGAAGAGAUGGAAAGGUUCGAGAGGUGUAGAAUACAGGAUUUUAAAAAUAUGUUCAUUAAAUAUCUCGAGAACCAUCUCGAACACCAAGCGCAGCUCGUCAAAUACUGGGAAGCGUUCCUGCCAGAAGCCAAAAGCAUUGCCUGACCGGAGGACCUUUGCAAAGAAUAGCAACGUCUACAUUCCUUUUGGAGGUUUCCCAAAAUGUAAUUAUUUAAAGGGGAAUCGUUCAUUAAAAAGGACACAUGUUUAUAUCUCGAAUGCUGCUUUCGACAUGCUUGUUACUAAGAGGUGCUUAUUUUCCUGAAUGUGAAAUUUAAACCGAGGCAAAUAAGUGCAGUGCAGAAAACAGGCCGAAAAAUAAUUUUAUAAGCUUUAUCGUUUAAUAAAACAACAUAUAUUGUUGCUUUUUUUUUUAGGGAACGCUUUAUAGCAUUAUACCUGUUUAUUGUAUUAUAUAAAAUAAAAAAAAAACGAUGCAACUUUUUCGGGAAUAUCCCUUUUCCUUAAUUUGUGUUCUACGAACGGUGUGAUAGCUAAUGGAUUUCAAUAAGCAUGUAUAUUAGAAUGUAAUUUCAAUUACUCUUCGUAACAUGUAAAAAUACGUUUAAGGUUGAUGUAUGGCCAAAGUGUUUUUGAAUGUUUUAGAAAUGUACGUUUGUUAUAUUUUAUAUUUAGUCUUAAGUAGAAUCGUGCUUUUGUUCUAAACGGGAUAUAUAUAGUCUAGACCUGCAUGUAUUUAUGGUAAAUGUAAUUCAAAUAUAAAAUAUUUUUGUUAAACGUGUCUACUGGUUUUU